AUGGAUUGCAAUCCGCGAUCACUCCUUCUCAUUUUACCUCUUUUGCUGUCCUGCGUUAUUCCUGCGUUUCCCAUCAUCUACCUCCCGAAUGAAGUCAACCUGUUAGACUCUAAAGCAAGCCAAGGGGAGUUAGGAUGGAUUUCCUACCCGUCGCAUGGGUGGGAGGAGAUCAGUGGGGUGGAUGAGCACUACACUCCCAUCAGGACCUUCCAGGUCUGCAACGUGAUGGAGUACAGCCAGAACAACUGGCUGCGCACCAACUGGAUUCCUCGCCAGUCGGCCCAGAAGAUCUACGUGGAGCUGAAGUUCACCCUGAGGGACUGCAACUCCAUCCCGCUGGUCUUGGGCACCUGCAAGGAGACCUUCAACCUCCUUUACCAGGAGACAGAUGACGACCAGGGGAGCCACUUCAGAGAACACCAGUAUACUAAGAUUGACACUAUUGCCGCUGAUGAAAGUUUCACCCAAAUGGACCUCGGAGAUCGCAUCCUCAAGCUUAACACUGAGGUGCGCGAGGUGGGUCCCAUGACCAAGAAAGGCUUCUACCUGGCGUUCCAGGACGUGGGCGCCUGCGUAGCUUUAGUUUCGGUGAGGGUUUACUUCAAGAAAUGCCCUCACACUGUGAGAAAUCUGGCCUCUUUCCCUGAUACGGUGCCCAUGGACUCCCAGUCACUGGUGGAGGUCAAAGGCUCAUGUGUCAAUCACUCCAAAGAGGAGGAGCCUCCACGAAUGUACUGCAGUACAGAGGGGGAGUGGCUCGUACCUAUUGGGAAGUGUCUAUGUAACGCGGGGUACGAGGAGAGAAGCAACACCUGCCAAAUGUGCAGGGCGGGCUUCUACAAAUCCACUGUGGGGAAUAUGGAGUGUUCAAAGUGCCCUCCUCAUAGUUUCUCUCACCAUGAGGGGUCGCUGCAUUGUGGCUGUGAGAAGAACUACUUCCGUGCUGAGGGAGACCCUGCAUCCAUGGCCUGUACCCGACCCCCGUCAGCUCCUCGAAAUGUAAUCUCGUCCAUUAACGAGACCUCCGUUAUCCUGGACUGGAGCUGGCCGGAAGACGCCGGCGGGCGCAGGGACGUCACCUUCAACGUCCUGUGCAAACGCUGCCGAGGGGAGGCUGCUAACGGCAGUAGCGGUGGCAACCUGCGUUGCGAGCCUUGCCGGAGCAAUGUUCACUUCCUGCCAAGAGCCACGGGCCUCCACAACACCUCGGUGACGGUGGGAGACCUGCUAGCCCACACUAACUACACCUUUGAGAUCGAAGCACUGAACGGUGUGUCAUCGCUGGCACCCAAGAUGAGACAGUACGCCGCUGUCACCAUCACCACCAACCAAGCUGCUCCCUCCCCAGUAACAGUUAUCCGAAAGGAAAAGACGUCUCGGAACAGCGUCUCCCUGUCCUGGCAGCAGCCGGAGAGACCCAAUGGCAUUAUCCUGGACUAUGAGAUCAAAUACUACGAAAAGGAGGAGCAGGAGACCAGCUACACCAUCCUCCGUGCUCGGGGUUGUAAUGUGACCCUGAAUGGUCUGAAGCCCAACACCGCCUACCUGCUGCAGAUCAGAGCUCGUACAGCUGCCGGAUACGGAGCCAGCAGCCCCAGUUUCCAGUUUGAGACCAGCCCCGACUCAGCCUUCUCCAUCUCCAGUGAGAGCAGCCAGGUGGUGCUGAUCGCCAUUUCCUCCGCCGUGGCCAUCAUCCUCCUCACCGUGCUGCUCUACGUCCUGAUUGGCAGGUUCUGUUGCCACAGCAAAUCCAAACACCCUGAUGAGAAAAGACUGCACUUUGGCAACGGCCACCUGCGUCUGCCGGGUAUCAGGACUUAUGUGGAUCCUCACACGUACGAGGACCCGAGCCAGGCUGUGCACGAGUUUGCAAAGGAGCUGGACGCAUCCUGCAUCGCCAUCGACAAAGUGGUGGGAGCAGGUGAGUUUGGCGAGGUGUGCAGUGGUCGCCUGAAGAUGCCAAGCAAGAAGGAGAUCUGUGUGGCCAUCAAGACUCUUAAAGGAGGAUACACAGACAAGCAGAGGCGGGACUUCCUCGCAGAAGCGUCAAUCAUGGGACAGUUUGACCACCCCAACAUCAUCAGGCUGGAGGGGGUGGUUACACGCAGUAAACCCGUCAUGAUUGUCACAGAAUACAUGGAAAACGGAUCCCUGGACAGUUUCUUGAGAAAACAUGAUGCCCAGUUUACAGGCAUCCAGCUGGUCGGCAUGCUGCGUGGCAUCGCCUCGGGCAUGAAGUAUCUGUCGGACAUGGGCUACGUUCACCGAGACCUGGCAGCUCGGAACAUCCUGGUCAACAGCAACCUGGUGUGUAAAGUGUCCGACUUCGGCCUGUCCCGAGUCCUGGAGGACGACCCGGAGGCGGCUUACACCACCAGGGGAGGUAAGAUCCCUAUCCGGUGGACAGCUCCAGAGGCUAUUGCCUACAGGAAGUUUACAUCAGCCAGUGACGCUUGGAGUUAUGGCAUUGUGCUCUGGGAAGUGAUGUCAUAUGGGGAACGGCCAUACUGGGAGAUGUCCAAUCAGGAUGUAAUAAAGGCUGUAGAAGAAGGAUACCGCCUCCCCCCACCCAUGGACUGCCCGGCUACCCUUUACCAGCUGAUGUUGGACUGCUGGCAGAAAGAGAGGAAUAACCGGCCAAAAUUUGAACAGAUCGUCAGCAUCCUGGAUAAACUCAUUCGCAACCCCAGUAGCCUCAAAAUCACGGCCAACACCACAUCCAGGCCAGCCAACUUGUUGUUGGACAGGAGCAGUUCGGAGGUUCCCGCUAUGGGUACGCUGGGUGACUGGAUGGAUGGAAUGAGGACCUUGCCCUGCAAAGAGGCCUUCUCUGGGGUCAGCUACAGCUCCUGUGACACCCUGGCCAAGACCUCCACCGAGGAUCUGAAAAAAGUUGGAGUGACUAUCGUUGGACCGCAGAAAAAAAUCGUGAGCAGCCUCAAAGCCCUAGAUUCCCACACCAAGAAUGGCCCAGUACCUGUUUAAGAAAUGAACCUAACGAGUAAAAACACCAGAGACCUGUCUGUCGGUGUGGUUGCUAAUCACAGUCCAACAGAGUGGCUUCAUAUGAAAACUGGAAACGGAUGGAAAUGAAGGAUGAAUAUGACAUGAUUCAAAUGAGGGCUGUUGUUUCGUUGAAAGACGAUAUCAAGUCUUGCCAGAUAAAUGGGAAAGAGUUCAGUGCAGACCUGCCAGCUAGUUAACUGGCUAACUCUUCGGCCAUCCGUCCCUCCAUGCCCGAGUUGAGAUGCCUUACAGACAAUUAGGAGGGUAGGAAGAGCUAAUGAAAGCCAAGGAGGUCAGGGAGACCUGCCGUGGGAUACAAACUGGGAUAAAGCCGGAGCUCUCCAGUAUUGGCUAGGCUGGACAGCAUAGCCUUCCCUUUAAAGCUGAAAAGGGGACGGGCAUGCUCACAGUCUCCUCCCACCACGCCGACUAAGCAGCCUGCGGAACGAGGCGGUGAAACGUCUGAGAUGCCUCAUAUAGCAUGGUAGACAGCAGCAGCUCAUCUGGAUUUGGACCCUUCCUGGACUAAUGAGGGUUGAGGUGUGAGAUUCUGUUGUAACUACCUACAAUUAUUGUCUCUAUCCAUGAGAGAACUGAGCUGGAAUGGACACACCUAGAUGUUAACCGAGCCAUUUUACUCUGUAGCUCUAACCUAUAGCAUUCGCAUUCAGUAGACAUUACACAUAAAAGCAAUAAUUAUGAUAAUCAGUUAAGUUGUCUCAUUGUUUGGAAGCUAUGAGUCCAUCACAUGUAUUGGACGCUGUGCUUGGAAGGUACAGGGGCCAUAACACACUUCACACCCAGUAUUUCCUUUACGGUGACAUGUUCUAUGUGCUUACGAACAGAUAUUGUACAGUUAUCGUGCCGUUCCCUCAACCCAAUGCGCUUUGUGUGAAAUCUCAGGAUGUGUACGUUAUUCGUUCUACUUUCCCAAAUAAGGGGAAACAGACGGAGGGAGUAGAGCAGAGACAGGAAUGAAUAGUGCAGGUUAAAAAAAGACAGAAAAGGGAAUAAUUGUAAGAGAGAAGGAAAAGGACAAAUAAAAUGAAGUGGUGUCAUUCAGACCUCUGCCUCCGACAUUCUUGUUGCGAUGCGGAAGUGUUUGAAACUGGAAGUGAGUGAGUUUGUACCUGAAUUUCUUCUUCGGGUAAGACAGCAUUAUCCACCCCACACAACAUCAGGUAUACUUUUCUUUCUUAGGAUUGGAGCGGGAUUCGUUCUCUGCAUACGAUCAGUCUAGAAGGUUGAGAUCAACACCGCUGGUCUGGAGUGUUGUAGUCUUGCGUUAGUCUGAGGUUCAUAACUUAUUAACAAAAGCUAUGUGGGAUCUGACCGUCGCUGUAAAAAGAACAUUGUUCUAUUGGGAAACUAGUCCAUGAAAUCCUGAUGUGUUUAAUGCAAAAAAAAGAGUGCCUCCUCUUGUUGUGUUGGAUCGUGAAAGGAUCUCCAAGCAAAAAGCUCCAAUUUCGAUUCAUUUUCAACAAAGUCUUGGUCAAUUGUCUUUGUGAAUUAUUGUUUUCUCAUGUUUUUUUUCUCAUCACUGCCCUAAACUAACAAGGUGUGAAAAUGCACUGAAAGAAAUGGAACACUUUCUAUAAGUGACUUCUUUCUGAGAUACAAUAUAUGUCCAGGAUGGGAUUUCCUAAAGGCACCGUAGAAUUGAGAUGAUCUUGGUACUCCAACCUUAACAUUUAUUGUCUCCUGCUUGGAUUUCACAUAGUAAAUUCCUCAGUGCAACACAUAACCAGUAUUUCUAAACUGGCACGUUGGUACUUUGUGAUGUUGGAUGGUUGGACCACAAAGGGUUCUCUUGAUAGCAGUUAAUAUAACAUAUGUGUGCACUUAGAAUGGAAAUGUUUAAGGGUGCUCCAAUCAUGCAAUAUGCAUUUGUCAAAGUUUGAUCAGAGGUCUCUAUGUAGGCCGAUCAUCAGAAGACGCAAAAAUAGCUUUGCAGUUGUGUUUCCAAAGCCCUUUUACACAGCCUGUGCAAGGAGGGACUGUUGCUCCAAUAUGUUGUUGCUGUUCUGUAUACAAAGUACAGACUCUAACGCUGUUGUGUAACACGUCGAGCAGCAAGCUACUUAAAAUCACAACUGGGGCAGCGUUAUGCCGGCUUUGUUUGGUUCAGUAAAAAAGAAAAGAAAAGAAGCAAAGCCGGUACAACGUGGGCUCUUUUUACCACAGAAUUGCAGGAUCUCUGUUUAAAAAAGGGACAGUGGAACAUGUUACACACGUUGCUUGACAAUAAAUAAACAGUUUCCCAUUCACGAAGGUUUCUCAUCUCCUUAUUGUGAUACUUAAUAUACAAUGUUGUUGUAAUAAUCCAGAUUGGAGCACCCUUAGAAAUGUUACGGCCUUAAUAUAGAUGAACCUGAUCUCAUGGAAAGGGGUGAUUUGGGUGCUUUUAGGAAACCCAUCCUUGUUGAGUGCGUCAGUCGGUCCUCUGCUACUUGGUCCACCUGUGGAUGCUGCUGUUGCUGCUAUGUGUUCUAAUUAGCUUGUACAUAAUGUAAACCAUCGUAAUGAUAGCAGCUAGCGCUACAGAUCCCACGAUA